GAUGCGAGGAGUCUUUCUCUCGUGUUAUUUGAGUGGCUGCAGGUACUGGUGUCUGCCUCUGUGCCGGAGGGGUAACGAGAGAAAAAAGAGGACUAGUGCUUGAUAUCCCCCUCUGGCCUCCCCAUCUCCCUGCUCCCUGUCACUCCAUCCUUCCUCCCUCCCGGACCACCCGUCAGCAGCUGGAUCAACCCGCCCGGACCCUUCUCCCACAACCCCUUUGACUAUCCUCACUUCACCGUCCCGUCUCAUCAACUCUGUGCGGGAAUUUAUCAUUGCUUGAAGUGGAAGUCUGGAUUUGACGGUGCAGUCACAGACAAUCUUGGUUUGAGAAGCAUCACUAGCCUCUUUUACAGAGUGAGGAUUUGCUCAGGUGAGGUACACUGGACAGACACAGUUCUCCCAAGUCUUCUAGAAGUGUGACGGCACGUGGUCACAUGACCUGGAAGAGAAAACCCAAGAGACUUUUGGGAUCCCUAUCUGAAUGGGCCGGUUAUCAACCUGGAAAGAAGUCUAAAGGCUGAUGAACUGAUCCGCACAGUGACACAGCUGCGCUCUCUUCCCCUCUUCAUCUGUCAAGUCUCUCCAUUUAUGUCCUGAGAUCCACCACUUUCAGCAACUCCGGUGACUGGUUGGCUGCUGAACCAUCAUUCUUGUCCUGCUCCUGGGAAUUUCCUGUCACGUGAUCAUAUUCCUGCUUCACCUCCACUCCUAGUAUGGAACCCGGCAAAGUCCAAUCUGAGGGCGGGCUGAAUGUGACCCUGACCAUCAGGCUUCUCAUGCACGGCAAGGAAGUUGGAAGCAUCAUUGGAAAGAAAGGAGAAACUGUGAAGAAGAUGCGUGAAGAGAGCGGCGCUCGCAUCAACAUCUCCGAAGGAAACUGUCCUGAGAGGAUUGUCACCAUCACUGGGCCCACAGAUGCCAUCUUUAAAGCCUUUGCUAUGAUCGCAUACAAGUUUGAAGAGGAUAUAAUCAACUCCAUGAGCAACAGUCCAGCCACCAGUAAGCCACCUGUCACCCUGCGCCUUGUGGUGCCCGCCAGUCAGUGUGGUUCUCUCAUCGGCAAAGGAGGCUCCAAAAUCAAAGAAAUGAGAGAGUCCACAGGAGCUCAGGUGCAGGUAGCAGGGGACAUGCUGCCUAACUCCACAGAGCGCGCUGUGACAAUCUCCGGCACCCCGGAAGCCAUUAUCCAGUGUGUCAAACAGAUAUGUGUGGUCAUGCUGGAGUCCCCACCGAAAGGUGCCACUAUCCCCUACCGCCCCAAGCCCGCCACCACCCCCGUCAUUUUUUCAGGUGGCCAGGUAAGAGCCGACCCGCUGGCGGCGUCUGCAGCCAAUCUCAGCCUGUUACUCCAGCACCAGCCACUGCCUGCCUACACGAUUCAGGGACAAUAUGCCAUUCCACACCCAGAUCAGUUGACCAAGCUCCACCAGUUGGCUAUGCAGCAAACCCCCUUUACUCCCCUCGGACAGACCACCCCUGCUUUCCCUGGUUUGGAUGCCAGUCCCCCGGCCAGUACUCAUGAACUCACCAUUCCAAAUGAUCUAAUAGGCUGUAUAAUCGGGCGCCAGGGAACCAAAAUCAACGAGAUCCGUCAGAUGUCUGGAGCCCAGAUCAAAAUCGCUAAUGCCAUGGAAGGGUCAUCAGAGCGCCAGAUCACCAUUACAGGAACCCCUGCCAACAUCAGCCUUGCCCAGUACCUCAUCAACGCAAGGUUCAGAGAUGUGGCAGCCAUGUGGACUGACCCCUCAUCAAUGACUACAUCUUGAAGCCCCAAACUGCUGAUUCCCAAUAAAGCUUACAUACAGUGUUCCCCUAAACCCCAUGGUCAAAUUCAUUAGUAGAUACACUCAUGUACUGUAGGCAGACUACUGAAAAGUAAAAAAAACAAUGAAACAUGAAAACAGUAGUAUGAUUUGUUUAUGUUAUGCAGUGUUUUACAGUAGUGCUAGUGUUUCAGCAUGCUGAAUGCUUGGAUCUUGUCGUAUACCCAUUUCAAUUUGUCAGAUUAGUUCAGUAUGGUUGCCAAGUCUUGUAGUUUUGUCAGAAAAGCUUAAGAAUUGCAUCUCUAAUUGCUUUUUAGCAAUGCUGUUGGCAAGUGAUGUGAUGCAAAUUUGUGAAGAUGUUGAUAAACUGAGGAAUGGCUCAAAAAUGAUUUCACAUUCGAGAUGAAUUUGAUUGAUUUCAUCUCAGAAGGAAUGCGUUUUACUAAACAUGGAGAGCAAGUUAUCGUUCCUUUACAGAAGUGUGAAAUGCUUUCUGAAUUAUUUUUACGUUAUCUAUUUUUUUCUAUCUUUUCCCUCCCCUUUUCCUUCUUCUCCGGACUGUUCUAGGCUGACGUCUGAGGUCACUGGAAUGGGCACUCUCUAAUUUCUACCCAUGAUCCUUCACUGCAUCACAUGACCCUUGAGCCAAUGGCAUUGCACCUAUAGUUUUUCUCUCUGUAUUCAGCUGUCAUGUAUUUGAAGUCAUUUUGACACCUUUAUAUUCUAUAAUGUGCACAUAUUUAAGAUGUCACUCCUACUGAACUUCUGUUGUGAUCCUGACUAUCCCUAUUUAUAAAUUGCAACCUGUUUAUUUUGAAGUUAACUUUUUUGGUUCUCUAGUACCUCAUGUCACUUACUGGUGUAUUGGUUUCCCAUUGCUUUACUGUGAUGUCAUCAUUUUCCUUCCAUAUUUUAUGUUAUGUCUGCACUGAGAUACUCUGAAACACAGGGCUCUGUUUACUAUUUACUCCACCUUACAACAGUGCAUCUCAUACAUACUGAUGGAAUUGGACUCUUUGCAUAUAUGCCUGUACGUAUUUUUCAUUUUGGCACGUUGAGUAACUCCGAAUCCAUUAUUAGACUCUUGUAUUCACUUUUAAAUUUCAAAACGGGGGCUACAAAAUAACCCAUGCACUAUUUGAGGAAAUGGUUUUAGCUUUUCUGCAUGCUUACAAUCUUGAGUUUAUCGAGUGAUUAAAUAUGGUACAUUACAGCAUCAUUAUUUAUUACAAAUAUUUUAUAUUACUUCAGUUAUGGAAAAAUUUAAAGUCCUUUUUUUGAAUACAGAUGUGAAUACAGAUGAGCUAAUAAUGAAAUUCACCUCAUGCUUUAAUCUCCCGCACUUCAUUUUGUUUUCCAUAUUGCUCUCCAAUAUCUCUUUAAAAUAUAUCGGAUAUUUGGAAAUCGAACGCUAAAGAGAGUAUCGAGCUCUGAAUACAUCAACACACAAAUUUUACACAGAGGACGAGGGCAUUUCUGCUACGGUACAUCAGAGCACUUUGCUAUUGUCUGCAGGUCACCUCAUCAAUAAUAAUAAUAAUAAUAAUUUAGGAUCAUUAGUAUUUAUGAUUCUGGAAUGUUUAUGUGUUGAAACUGUUGUUGUGAUGGCAGGUCAAGCGAUGCUUAAAUAUGAUUGUUUCUACUUAACAGUUUCAAGUAAGGCCACCAUGGCUUACCUGCUGAUCUUAAAGUUGUAAGCGAUCAGCACUAUGAUUUGUGCUCUUAGAUGCAAAUCCUUUAGUAACUAACUCUCUAUGUGUUGCAUGUCAUGGUUAAUUUAUAAUACAGCUUGCAAACACCUUAAACAUGCACACAGUUACUCUUACCUGUCAUAUACUUUGUUUUUACCUAUGGCCACCUUUUGAACAUAAUUUUUUACAUUUUGCCGAUGAUAAUGUGAUGGUUGUUGUAAGGUGAAGUAAGUCAUGCAACAUGCUGGCUAUAACAACAGUGGCUUAGUUAAGUGGGGGGGUAGUUUGUGGGCGGAGCUACCUGUGUAUCUGAAAAUGCUUGAUGGGAGGGUCUUUGAUAGAUUAUUGUUUUGUGCCGCAGAACCAACCUGAUCUGACGAGAAUUCGUACAUAUUUUAUGAGUCGGCUAAUUUGUAUAAAUUUGUUUGAAGUAAAUCGGUACAAUUAUUUGAAAAAAAAACUAUAAACCCAACAUCACGGGAACGAAAGCAAAUGAUACAAAAAUGUAUGAAUUUGGUAGUACAGUAGCCAUUUCGUAAAAUAUGUACAAUUUACUGAGAGAUUGUGUCGUAGAUCUCAUCUCCCAUCAAAAUUGUCAGUGUAAUCUAUACUUAUUGAAGCCCUUUGAUUAAGCUGUGGAUGUUUUGCACAAGCAGUGGUUGCGUUUGUGUUUACCAUUUACCCUAAUCUGAAUUUACCUCAAUCUAAAUUUACCUUAAUCUGAAUUUACCUUAAUCUGAAGUUGCUUUAAUCUGAAUUUACUUUAGGCUGAAUUUACCUUAAUCCGAAUUUACCUAAAUCUGAAUUUACUUUAACCUGAAUUUACUUUAAUCUGAAUUUACCUUAAUCUGAAUUUAUCUUAAUCUGAAUUUACCUUAAUCUGAAUUUACUUUAGGCUGAAUUUACCUUAAUCUGAAUUUGCUUUAAUCUGAAUUUACUUUAGGAUGAAUUUACCUUAAUCUGAAUUUAUUUUAAUCUGAAUUUACCUUAAUCUAAAUUGACCUUAAUCUGAAUUGACCUUAAUCCGAAUUUACCUAAAUCUGAAUUUACCUUAAUCUGAAUUUACUUUAAUCUGAAUUUAACUUAAUCUGAAUUUACCCAAAUCUGAAUUUACCCAAAUCUGAAUUUAUCUUAACCUGAAUUUACCUUAAUCUGAAUUUACCUUAAUCUGAAUUUACCUUAAUCUGAAUUUACCACUGAAUCUGAAUUUAUUCAAACAAAUGUGGAAUUAAGGCUGAAAGUUGAAUGUAACUGCUUCAACAUGUUAUUCAUCAUAUAACAGACAAUGCUACUCUUUUUUUACAUUUCUUAAUAUUCCAAAUGCAUGCUGUAACAUGAGAAAUAUUUUAUUUCCUGAUCUCGGAACAGAAAAUGCAUUCACAUUGAUAUCAUCGGGUACAAUGGCAUGUUUGCAAAGCAUUAAAGCUAUACAGAAAUAUUCUAUAUUUAUAUAUUAAACGUUUAGUAUUUCGUAACGACGAAUCAAAGAUAUGCACCCAAGGGUUAAUCUCCAUCAAAGGCAUAAUCUGAAUAUAAUCUGAUUUAUUUCUAAUCUACUGUAGGGUUUAUUUUGAGCUACCGUAUGAGCACAGAACUUUUGUAAUGUUGAAAUUCAACUCACAAGGUCAAGUAUGCAUACGGUCAUGUUAAGCUAACCACAGGUAUGACCAAAAUGUCAUAUAGUGACUCAUUCAUUGGGAAUUAUUUAACAUGUUUUGUGGUUGCUUUAGAUUAAGAAUUACGUUAGCAUAUGUUUUGCACUGCUUCAAAAUGUAAUAUUGUAUGUGUCAGUGGUUUAGGCUCGGUUAUAGAUUAAGUUAGAUUGUACGUUCACACAAGGCGAUGUCUUGUGAUACUUAUGGAAUGUUUUAUUUGAUGUUACGUUUAGUCCAUAAUGUGGUGUACUUUAGAUUUACGCUGUACAGAAACAUAAUAAUAUUAGUCAACAGCAUGCGUAACUGUUACAUUUCUGCGUAGUGGAAUGCAUUACUAUGGGAGGCUUUUAUUUUUCAUCACUAUUAUUUACUAUUUAUUAUUGUUAUACUAUUUUGUCAUUUAUUUUACAAAUGCAAUAAUAUAAAUGUGUGUGUGGAAUUGCAGUGAUACUGUAUGUUGUAAAUGAUUUGGUGGAAAACACGGUAAGUCAUUUCAAGCUACUUUUAUAGUUUUGUCAUAUUUAAUCUUCAACUGGCUUCAUGAUAUCUCAUGAUAAUCGUUCUCAUCUAAAUCAUGUGCUUGAUUUGUACUCAUAACACACAAAUACACACUUUGUAUGCAUUAAAAAUCAUUGUAUUCAUUUUGUUGGUCAUGCAAUUUUCAAUUGUACUAGAGCAGCAAAAAAAGAAAAUCCCUCGAUCUGUCUGUGCUUCUGUAAAUGAUUCGGUUUGAAAAUGUAACAGAGUAAUUAUUUUAUGUUGAACAAUUUGCUGCUUGCAGCUCUCUAUAAUAGAUUUAAAGUAUUGCUGAGGCUAGGUUAACUUUGAAAUGUUUUGUAAAAAGAUGAGAAUAAAGUUUGUUUUUCCCUUGAA